CUGGAGCCAAUCAGCUGUCAGAGCACCGUGAUAAAUCGCAAUGCAUUAUUGAUAAUAAUAAUUACGGGUCGACAUGCGCAUUUCUACUUGAGGCUUUUUUUUGCGCGCGUGUGUGUGUAAUUUUCCCAAAGAAGAAGAAGAAGAAUUUGCAGAAGAAGGAGCGGAAUAUUGUUGGCAACUCUUUGCUCCUGAUGGUUGCACCAUGUCGAGGCGCAAGCAAGCCAAACCGCAGCAGAUCAACUCCGACGAGCCCGGCUCCUCGGGAAACGGGACUCCUCUCGAGAAUAACACCAAGGAAACUUCAAAUGAAGCCAAGAGAUUCCGAUUGGACGAGACGCGCGUCUGCAACAAGUGUUGUGCUGAAUUCUUUGAUGAAGCAGAAUUUCUAGAACAUGAGAAAAAAUGCACUAAAGGUCAGCAGGUGGUCAUCAUGGGAGACGGCAAUGAAGUGCCCGAGGAAUAUUCCCAAAGCUCUCCCGAAGGCCUUACCAGUGACCAUGACGACGACGACCAGUCCAGCAGCCAUUCCCUAUCAAAUGUCAAUACGGAACAUCUGGAGAGAGCGGAGGAAGACUCUAGCACGAACCCAGAUGACUCCGGACAGCACGAUCAGACGGAAAUGCCCGAAAGCCCCGAGCUGACUUUCCGUCCCCCGCAGAAAAUGCAAAAUUCAAACGUCACUCUUGAAACCAUGGCGGACACCAAAGUGGCCGUCUCCCAACAUUACUCAAACCUCACGCCUCUUUCCUCGUCCCAAGAGGUCCUGCAGGCCAUCCCCGUUAUCUUGGAACAGUUGGUGUUCCUCCAGCAACAGCAGCUCCAGCAAAUCCAGCUCACGGAACAGAUCCGAAUCCAAGUCGCCACGAUGACUCCACAGGGCCUCCAGUCAUCGGUAGCCGCGGCGAUGGACCCUUUGAAAGCCCUCGGAGCGCAUCUGUCGCAACAGCUGUCCGCUGCAGCAGCGCUGAUAGGAAAACGGACCGGCAGUCAGAGCCUUUCUAUGGCGACCAUGAAGCAAGGCAAAGUGCCUCUGACCCCCGGCAUUCCUCCCUCUCUACCUGGGCAAAUGGACUCUAUGACUUCUAAAACGGGCAUCCCAGAUCUGGCUACCCGCUCGCAGCUGCCCCAGUCACCGAGUGUCAUGGGUUUCACCAGCACCUUCAGUAGUAUCCAAUCGGGGAUGGACUCCUCCAAAAAAGUGAAGACAAAGACUGCAAAUCCCCUACCAGAAUUAAAGAACGGCGACCCCUUAUACAGGCACAAGUGUAAGUACUGCGGGAAGAGCUUUGGCAACGACAGUGCUCUCCAGAUUCACCUGCGUUCUCACACCGGCGAGAGGCCCUUCAAGUGUAACAUUUGUGGGAACCGCUUCACGACUAAAGGAAACCUCAAAGUGCAUUUCCAGAGGCAUCGAGACAAAUACCCUAACAUUGGCAUGAACCCUCAUCCCGUGCCAGAGCAUCUCGACAACAUCCCCACCAGCAGUGGCAUUCCCUUUGGCAUGUCUGUGCCCAUGGACGAGUCGAACAUGACCGACGUUAAGCCCAUCAUGGGUCAUCCUGCUGCGGCUGGCUUCCAGCCGUCCCCCGCACCCAGCUUCAAGACAACAUUUGACAACUUUGCAGGGGACGCGUUUUCGCAGCGACCCUCCCCAUCAACGAGUGAUGGCUCCCCGACGGUUUGCUCGACUGUGUUUGGCCAAGAGACUGGAGCGGCUCAGAGGGACGCUCAUCAGGGAGAGCUGCUCGGAGCGCUGCAGCAUCUGAACGGCAACGUCCUCCUCCGAGAACAAAGCUCCGGAACCGCGAAACUUCAGCAGAUGGUGGACGGCCUGGAGAAGAGGACCAGCGACCCCAACGAGUGUGUAAUCUGCCAUAGGGUGCUGAGUUGCCAGAGCUCUCUCAAGAUGCAUUACCGCACACACACGGGCGAGAGGCCCUACAAGUGCAAGAUCUGUGGCCGCGCGUUCUCCACCAAGGGCAACCUCAAGGCCCAUUACGGCGUGCACAGGGCCAACACGCCCCUCAAAAUGCAGCACUCGUGUCCCAUCUGCCAGAAGAAGUUCACCAACGCUGUGGUUCUGCAGCAGCACAUCCGUAUGCACAUGGGCGGGCAGAUCCCAAACACCCCGAUGCAAGAGAACCAGUUUGACGCAUCUGACGCAACAGAGUCCUCUCUGUCAGAGGAGAAGUCCGUGGAAAUGAACGGUUUCGAAGCGAGCCUGGAGGACCACGAGGCCGAGCCCAUCUCUCAGAAGCCAAACGACUCCUUGGAUUCCUUUCGGCCCGCCCCAGAGGAAACGCAGCAAAACCAUGCCGCUCCCGUCAUUUUUUCCAGCCUCGAGGUCUUGAAGAAUCUCACCUCCGCCCUUGCGCUGCAGCGACAGAGCAGCACCGCUUCGGAUGGAGAGGGAGCGUCCAAAGAACCCGCGUCGGCUCCCAGGGAGCAGGUGCAUCAGAAUGGCCGCAGUCCCGCCAUCUCCGAGUCCGCCGCGUCGUUUCACUCCUCCUCCUCCCCACUCAACAACAACAACAACAACAACGCUAGUAUGAGCAAGUCUCCCGAGUCUGGUGUUGAUGAAUUUGCCCAUAGUGUGUCCAAGCCGGAGUCUGGUGCCACCGCGCAAGGUGGCGCAGAGUCCAGUGGGGCCCUUGACCUCACAGCUUACAGCAGCUUCUCCCCGAAAGUGAUCAAAGAAGAGCCGAUUAUGCCAUUCAUAAAUGGAGAUUACGGUCCCGGCAACAUGACCUUCAUGAGAAUGCCGUCGAGCCUGGCCAGCCUGGAGAUGAAGCUUCCUCCUGAGAAUCCCAUGGGCCCUCAUGGUUUGUUCAGCUCCCACAUGCCUCAGGGAACCUCCAUGCCUUCGUCCAUCUCCAGUGCACCGCGGCGAUCGUCCAAACAGCACGUGUGUCAUGCCUGUGGCAAGAACUUCUCAUCCGCCAGCGCCUUGCAGAUCCACGAGCGCACCCACACAGGGGAGAAGCCGUUCGCCUGCAACAUCUGUGGCAGGGCUUUCACCACCAAGGGAAAUCUAAAGGUGCACAUCGGCACUCACAUGUGGAACAACGCGUCGCGGCGAGGCCAGCGACUGUCCCUGGACAACCCCAUGGCGCUGAUGGCCAUGAGCUCCGAGGCCAAGUUGUUGCCCGAGAUCCUGCACGCCCCCAAAGAGCUGGGCGUUCCCCCAAUGAACUUUGACCAGUCUCUCUGGAACCAGUAUGCAUCCGCCUUCAGCGGGGGCCUCACCAUGAAGACCAAUGAAAUAUCUGUCAUCCAGGGCGGUGGCAUCCCACUCCCCGGGAGUCCCGGCGGUGGGCCUCUGAUCGGAUCCACCGGAGGAGGCCUCAUGAAGAUGGAUGGAUCCCACUCUGGCUUGCCCGCCAUGGAAAUUGAGAAGACCAGUUCAGACAGCGUGCCGAAAUUGCAGUUCCCACAUUUCAUGGAGGAGGGUAAAAUUGCAGUUAACUAG